AUGGCAGUAGGCGAGACAUUUCUGUCAGCGUUUCUGCAGGUGUUGUUUGAGCAGAUGCUGUCAACUGGAGGGAGUCAGUUCUUGAAGUUGAUUGGCGGAGUCGAUCUGCCGAAAACAAUAAAGAAAUGGAAGAUACAACUUACCAAGUUGGAAGCUCUGUUGGAUGAUGCUGAGUUGCAGCAGUUUCACAGUAAACCUGUCAAGUUGUGGCUGAAUGAUCUCCAAGAUUUAGCUUACGACAUUGAGGAUCUCUUGGAUCAUUUUGCUACCGAAGCUUUAGUUUACCAGUUGAAAAAGGCGGAAGAAGAUGAAGCUUAUGCAGUAAUUGAUCACUCAAACUCUGGGAUUCUAGUCAGAAUGGCGCAAACCAUUUGUGUAUGUGGUUCAAGAGCUGCAGAUAGUCUCUCCACCUUUCUCAAACCUGUUGAUCAACGCAUUCGAGACAAGAUUGAUGACAUUACGAAGCGCUUGCAAGAUAUUCAGGACCAGACACAGAGUUUGAGUCUGACAGCGGCACACAUGAUGCAGCAGCAGACUCUCCAAACAGAAACUCUUCGAAGCCAGAGAGAAUCCACUUCUUUGGUUGGGCAGGUUUUUGGAAGGGAUGACAUGAAAGAAGAGAUAAUUACAAUGCUACUGAAAGAUGAUCAGAAUGCUGUAGAUUAUGUUGUGAUUCCUAUUGUUGGAAUGCCUGGCAUUGGAAAGACGACCCUUGCUCAGUAUGUAUACAACGAUGAACAGAUGUAUGUAUACAGAGGUGAGCAACUCUAUGCUCACAACGGUGAGCAGCAGAAGUCUAAUUUUGAUCUCAAGGCAUGGGUGUGCGUCUCAGAUGUGUUCGAUGUCAAACGAGUCACAAUAGAUAUAAUUAACUCGGCCACCCACAGCAAUUUCAACUGUAGCAACUUGGAUCAGGCACAAUUGAAAUUGCAGGAAGUGCUAAAAGGCAAAAAAUUCUUUAUUGUUCUAGAUGAUAUCUGGAGUGAGGAAUAUGGUGAUUGGUACAAGCUGCAGGAACCUUUCCGACACGGUGCAAAAGGAAGCAGAGUGAUAAUGACAACCAGAAUUGACAGUAUUGCAAUGAUGAUGGUUACUAAUCCAACUCAACGCGAUAUAAUCAAGUUAGAAAGGUUGUCGAAAGAUGACAGUUGGCUUAUAUUUCAGCAGCAUGCAAAUGAAGAUUCUGAUCUUGCUGAGAUGCGGGAUAAUAUUAUAGAAAAGAUCAAUGGAUUGCCUUUGGCCGCUAAAGCUUUAGGAGGUCUCCUUAAAAGUAUUCCAGACAAGAGCCAACGCCGAAAGAUACUAGAGAGCAAUGUUUGGGGUGAGAAGAGCAGUGUUUUACCAGUUCUAAGGCUGAGUUACCAUCAUAUGCCUUCUCAUUUGAAGCGUGUAUUUGCUUACUGUUCAGUAUUUCCAAAAGACUACAUCUUCAAGGAGACGGAACUUGUCUUACUAUGGAUGGCUCAGGGCUUCCUACCAGAAACCCAAAAUGAAAGAAUGGAAGAUAUGGGCCACAAGUACUUCAAUGAUCUUGUAUCAAGGUCAUUAUUUGAAAAACCCCCAUCUUUAAAUGGAAAAGAGUUCAUCAUGCAUGACCUCAUCCAUGAUAUGGCUCAAUUGGCUGCAGGUGAUAUCUGUUAUAUAAUGGAUUCCAAGAGAGAUGAUCUUGAAAGACAAAUAUUAUUUGAGAGUUGA